AUUCUAAUAAUUCCUUUUUCACAAAUCACCAAUAUUAUCACACACUUAAUUCCUUCUUUGAUCGCAAUGUCUUAUCAACUUAUUAGCAAUUGCAUACGGCAGCUCUUAGAGUUCUUGAUGCUGGCCUCAUCGUCAUCCUUCAAGAGAAUCAAUUCUCUGUUUUGUUGUUGCAUAGUGUUGUUGAGCUUGUCUGAUUUGCAGAGACAAUUGUUAGGAGUUUUGGGGGAUAAAGGAGAGAGAAAGAGUAGUCUAUCAGUAAUGGCGGGUAAUCAAGACGAUGAUAAUGCAGCAACUGAUGAUGAUGAUGAUGAUGAUGGUCAACCAUUUACCCCUUGGAAUGUCUCUGUUGCCAGUGGGCAUGCUUUGUUGCGGAGCCCACAACAUAACAAAGGGCUUGCUUUCAGUGAGAAAGAAAGAGACGCGCAUUACUUGAGAGGCCUUUUGCCACCUGCAGUAUUCACUCAGGAACUUCAAGAAAAAAGAACUUUGCAUUUACUUCGCCAAUACCAAGUUCCAUUGCAUAGAUACAUAGCCAUGAUGGAUCUUCAGGAGACGAACGAAAGAUUAUUUUACAAGCUUCUGAUUGAUAAUGUUGAUGAAUUACUUCCAGUAGUUUACACACCAACAGUUGGUGAAGCUUGUCAGAAAUAUGGCAGCAUUUAUCGGCGUCAACAGGGACUUUAUAUCAGUUUGAAAGACAAGGGAAAGAUUCUUGAGGUGUUGAGGAAUUGGCCUGAGAAGAAUAUCCAAGUUAUUGUGGUAACCGAUGGUGAGCGUAUAUUGGGGCUUGGUGACCUUGGAUGCCAGGGGAUGGGGAUACCAGUUGGAAAGCUUUCUUUAUAUACGGCACUUGGAGGCGUUCGCCCUUCUGUUUGCUUGCCUGUAACCAUUGAUGUGGGCACAAAAAACGAGGCAUUGUUGAAGGAUGAAUUCUACAUCGGGCUUAAACAAAAAAGAGCAACUGGCGAGGAAUAUAACGAAUUGUUAGAGGAGUUUAUGACCGCAGUCAAGAAGAACUAUGGAGAAAAAGUCCUCAUUCAGUUUGAAGAUUUCGCCAACCACAAUGCGUUUGAGUUGCUGAGUAAAUACCGAUCAAGUCAUCUUGUUUUCAACGAUGAUAUUCAGGGCACUGCAUGUGUCGUUUUGGGAGGUUUGCUUUCGGCUUUGAAAUUAAUUGGUGGGACUCUAUCCGAUCAUACGUUCUUAUUUCUCGGUGCUGGUGAGGCUGGCACGGGUAUAGCAGAGCUUAUUUCACUUGAGAUAUUGAAAAAGACAAAAGUUACGGUGGAAGAAUCUCGAAAGAAAAUUUGGCUCGUUGACUCAAGGGGAUUGAUAGUGAGCUCGCGUAAAGAUUCCCUACAACAUUUUAAGCUACCAUGGGCUCAUGAUCAUGCACCCGUGAAAGGACUCUUGGAAGCCGUCAAGGCAAUCAAGCCAACGAUAUUAAUAGGAACAUCUGGAGUUGGGAAACAAUUUACAAAAGAAGUUAUUGAGGCGAUGGCAUCUAUUAAUGCGAAACCUCUCAUUCUGGCUCUCUCUAAUCCAACUUCACAAUCCGAGUGUACAGCAGAGGAAGCUUAUACAUGGAGUCAAGGUCACGCGAUCUUUGCUAGUGGAAGCCCAUUUGACCCAGUAAUGUAUGAUGGCAAAGAGUUCGUGCCUGGCCAGGCAAAUAAUGCAUACGUAUUUCCUGGAUUUGGGUUGGGAUUGAUCAUGUGUGGUGCAAUUCGUGUGCAUGAUGAGUUCCUUUUGAUGGCAGCGGAAGCUUUGGCAUCUCAAGUGACAGAAGAAGAGUACGCAAAGGGUAUUAUAUAUCCACCUUUCAAGAAGAUUAGAAAGAUUUCAGCGGUUAUUGCUGCUAAGGUAGCUUCUAGGGCAUAUGAACUUGGGUUGGCAUCUAAUCUUCCUCGUCCUAAAGAUCUCGUUAAAUUCGCAGAGAGUUGCAUGUAUUCUCCAACCUAUCGUCAUUAUCGUUAACUCUGUAGUUUGUAGGUUAAAUUUGAUUGAUAUGUCCUUGUAGUUGUUUUUAGGAUUAAAGUAAUGAUAUGUGUUUCAAAAAUUGUACAAUAUUAUUUGAAUGAUGAUAUAAGUAUUCUUGUGAUAGGUUUUACAUAUAAUGAAUGGCUAAAUACAAAAAAUA